ACAAUUGUUUCCGGCACAGCCGAAGCCGAUAUCGAUGAGCUAGCGGUCUGCUGCUGAUUGCAUCCAACAAUCUUCUGGCAAGUCUCAAGCAGGUUGUGCCUGCAUUUAGGGCAUGAUGAAUGGGAGCUGAGCCACUUAUCAAUGCAACGAACAUGGAAGCCAUGGUUGCACUUGGGGAGCAGCCGGACACGCUCGCCCGCAGUAAACUCCGAUAAGCAGAUAACACACUCUGUGUCGAGCCCCGGCAACUUCAGGUCGGCGGAGUAACUCACCGUUGGGAAAGUCUUGAGUGCUUUCUUCUUAACUCCGGUAUUGGCCAAUCGAGAAGAAUUAGGGUUGCUCCUUGAUUCAGAGGCUACAAUACUUGAACAUCUUAAUGCACAGCGAAUUAUGGAGUUCAAACCCAGUGAG